UUUUGUCACUGGUGUGUGAGAUGGAGCAAACAUGGGGACCAAGAAAGCCAACAUAAAGAACACACAAAGAGGGAGGGCAAUGAGAAGGUUUGGAGUACAGAGGAUCCACCUCAUCUCCUCUGAACACAGAGCCACUAGGAUUGGGUGGUCUUCCAACAACCGUAGGGAUGUGCACCAUAUGCAGAAAAAGGAAGUGCAAGACCAUAGAGUUAUAGGUGCUCUCAGAGACACUAACCUCUUGAAAACCCUGUCCAGCUGAGCAAUCACUUCUGUGGUGUCUUGAAAGCAGGAACAGAUCACGACUGUCUUGGGAGAGCAGGCUCUGACUGGAGCAAGACUGUCCAGCAUGUCCAACUGCCUGCCAAAGCUGACCACAGUGCUGCUCAGCCACAGGCUCGGGGCUCUGUCUAUCCUCGCCGUUUCUUUUGUGUUCUUUGCCUCUGUCAUGUUCUACUGGAGAACUGGAGAGGAUGCUGAGACCCAGCUCUACAGCUUGCCUACACAAAGCAGGUGUGAACUGUCUUUGCCUUCCCUUCCCCAUCCUACUGCCAGUGGGCCCUCUUCUUCCCCAGGGAAUGUGUUUUUUGUGGAGACCUCGGAGCGAACUGACCCAAGUUACCUGUUCAUGUGCUCUGUGGAGUCAGCAGCUCGGACGCACCCUGGGACAAGGGUCGUGGUGCUCAUGAAAGGCUUGGCAAAUGGGAACGCCUCGUUACCCAACCACUGGGGCUUCUUGUUGCUGAGCUGCUUCCCCAAUGUGGAAAUCCGGCCCCUGGACUUGCCAGAGCUUUUCUCUGGAACACCUCUGGCAAAGUGGUACUUGCAGGCUCAGCAGCGCUGGGAGCCUUAUUUCUUACCCGUCCUGUCUGAUGCCUGCAGAAUUGCCAUCAUGUGGAAAUUUGGUGGCAUCUAUCUGGACACAGACUUCAUUGUGCUUAAGAACUUAAAGAACCUCACCAAUGCCCUCGGUAUCCAGUCUCAAGAUGUACUGAAUGGGGCUUUUCUGUCCUUUAAACCCAAGCAUGAGUACAUGGAGCUCUGCAUGAAGGACUUUGUGGAUAAUUACAAUGGCUGGAUUUGGGCACACCAGGGCCCAGAACUCCUAACACGUGUCUUCAAGAAGUGGUGCUCCAUCAGUAAUAUCCAGAGCACUAUGAGCUGUAAAGGUGUGAGUGCUCUUCCCCCAGAAGCCUUUUAUCCCAUUCCCUGGCAGGACUGGAAGAAGUUAUUUGAAGCCAUCAGCUCCUCGGUGCUUCACAAGCUCCUUGAGAACACCUAUGCGGUGCACGUGUGGAAUAAACUGAGCCACGGGACAAGGUUAGAGAUCACAUCCCAGGCUUUCCUGGCUCAACUGUAUGCUCAGUUCUGCCCUGCCACAUAUGCGAAGAUGAAGAAGGACUCUUGAAAAGCAGUCAGGGCCUGCAGUACAACCUGUGGGCCGUUGGCUGCAGGGAAGUUCUUCAACCUGAAGGACACUCAGUGCCUUUCACCUUCCACAGAGCACGUAUUCUGUGUGACAGCUCAGUGAUUUUGUACCAUUUCCAAAUAUCUGCCUCAGAUCCUAUGUGCUUCAAAUGUACAUCAGAGCCUUAGCUGGGACUCUCUUGUCCUUCUGUAGCUCUUGAUGCUGCAGAGAAGGGUGAACUUGUUCAUUAGUGCCUAUCAGAUGCUGCUCUAUUGCUGUUAUCUCAAUUGUUCCUCUUGUGUAUCAUACCUCAAAAGCCUCUUACGUAGUUUCAACAGCUGUAGGAACCGUUGCCUUGCUCUCUGUAACAUUUCUAAGUAUGUAAAUAAAUGCCAGCCAGUGCUAUAGGACACGGUUUACUGGAGCUUAGGUCCGAAUUCCAUGAGUGGUAGAUUCUUAUGGCUGGCGAAGUAUGUGGGGAGUAUAUGAAAAAUUCUUAAAGAAAGGGAAAACAUUUUAAAUCCCUGCAUGGGUCUGCGUAAAGUUUUUCCUGUUUUCCAAAGGUACUUUAUUUCAAAUGAUCUUUUCUACUGUUUUACAUUCCACAGCAACAGGCCAACUUUUCUGAUCCUCUUCAGGAAAACAAAAACAGACAAAAGCAAUUUUUACCAAUGUGAGCAAAGAUCCUUGCUUUGUUGAAAAAAAUCUUGUGGGAUGUGCAUAUCUAACUAGUCCUUGACACACUCUGAGGGUGUCAGUAUAUGCCUUUUCUGCAGUGCUAUGAGAAGGAAAAGCAUUACAUUUCUUUUCACUUGAAUAUUGUACACAUUGUGGAAGAAAAGAGGUAGACAUGUCCACAUCAGCAGAACGACCAGUGAUCAGGUCCAGGACUAGGACCAGUGUCCUCAGUGAUAUUUUAUUACUGUCACUGGGGAUCUAGUAAAUGGAUUAUACAUGGAAAUGCAUCUAAUGCUCAUGCAGGUUACACAAGCAGGUAAGUGACUUCAGGCAUUGCUGCCUGUAAUGGGAACACAGGUGCCUGUACCAUGGACUUUUAAAGUUAAGUGAGGUAAAGCCAGCUGUGGCUUCUACAAAACCUAGGCAAAGCUGAUGCAGUGAUAACCUGCUGUUGAUCUGAUGGAUGUGAUGACCAUUCUCACAGCCGAAUGCAUUUCCCAUGCAUCCAGGGCACUGUAAUUGUAAAAAUGCAUUUGAAAUUAAUGUUUUAUGAAACGAGGAAAAAAGAACAUACUGUAGUUCUGUUUGUCCCAAAUCAAAGUUCCUGUCUGGAAGGCAACAUGUAAGCAAUGUGUGAUGAUUAUUUCUUUUUCAGAUAUGCAGUAGCUAACAAAUAAGAGAAAUAUGUGCAUCAAUUUUAAUAUGAUAUUUUUCUAAAUUCCAUUAUCUGUUGAAAAGUAUAGUGUUAUGUACAAAGGAAGGCUGAUGUAAGUUUGGUCCAGGUUUUAAUAUGAGCAGUAAUAUGUCUCAAGACUUGUCAGACACUGAGCCAUGGCACACUGUUGAUUAAACACUCCAUUGCAGACCAAAA